GAGGUCGUCAGGAGCAUGCAUCCCUCCUUCUUGGAGACCUUACUAUGAAGCAAGACUCCAAUGGGAAAGAAUAUGUGGAAUUUAAUGAGAGAACAACUAAGACGAGAACUGGCGCCAAGUCUUCUGACUAUAGAGCAGUAGCACCUAAAAUGUUCGAACAAAAAGAAAACCCAAACUGUCCGAUAAAAAUGUUAAAAUUGUACAUCAGCAAAAGACCAGCAGAUCUUCAAAAUGACCCAUCAUCCAAGUUUUAUUUAAGACCUUUGGACAAACCUAAGGAAGAUGUAUGGUAUUCACAUCAAUGUAUUGGGAAGAACAAAUUGGGGACUAUGAUGAAAACUAUGGCCGAGGCCGCACAGUUAUAUGGCCGUAAAGUCAAUCAUUCAACCCGUAAAACUUUUGCAACCAGUUUGUUACAUUCAGAGCGCCCACCUACUGAAGUUGCCCAGCUAGGCGGAUGGAAAGGAAUCUCGACACUCACACACUAUAAUUUUCCGUCUAUGAAACAACAAGACCAGGCAUCAAAUAUCAUAUCAAAUGUUGUCAUUCCUCCAUGUUCCAGCAAUCAGAAUGAAACGGCACCUGAGAAUUCAGAUAAGGAUACCAGUGACUGUCCUGAAUAUGAUAUUCACAUUGUUUCCUCUCAAGAAAAAACUCUUGAUAUUCAUUAUGACAAGGAAAAUGAUUCAGAGCUAUCUAUGUUUGAAAAACCAUCUCAGGCUUCUAGCAUUGUUAACAAUAGUAAAAGUAACAUGAUUGCCAAUAGAAAAGACUGCAGUAAUCCAUUCAGUAUUCUAACUGGCGCUGUUAUUAAUGGUGGAGUCAUAAAUCUAAACAUAUUUUCUGGGAAGAGGAAACGGGAUGACUUUUCCAGCUCUCAAGAGUCUAAAUAA